AUGGCGAAUCCUGAAGACUUGAAAAGACUCUAUGACUCCUUCUCUCUCCCAGGAGCUUCAGUAUACCUUAGAGAGGAAGAGGUGCUUGGGAUAAAGUCAUUUAUACAUUCCAAGAAGCCUGUUCUUCACAUCUGUGGAAGUCCAGGGACUGGGAAGACGCAUGUCACCACACAUACCAUAGAAAAGCCUUUUCUUUACAUAAACUAUUAUAACGAGAGCAACAUCCUUGCAAAGAUAAAGAGCAGCAACGCUCCAGUAGUGAUCAUUGACGAGUUCGAUAAGUAUUACAAUGAAAGAAGAAAUGAAUGCCUACAGGCCAUGUAUCAUUUAAAGGAUAGGCAGAAGCUCAUAACGAUAUCUAACGACCUUAGAAUGCCCGGUGAUGUUUUGUUUUUCAAGCCAUAUACCCCGUCUGAUAUGGAGAGGAUCCUGACUUAUAAAAUCAUAAAGGAAGCCAAGACGGAUGUCCUAAGUCUGACAGCCAUAAGAAUUAUAUCCAGAAGAAUCGGACACUCUGGAGACCUGAGACAGCUCUUCAGAUAUGUUCAAGAGGUUGUGGGGAGAAAAAUAAUAGAAGGGAAUGGGAUAGAAAUAGGUCCUGAGGAUGUAUCUCCCGAAAAAGAAAACGCAGAGGAAACUCCAAAUAACGUGCACCAUAACAUCAUUAGCUCUCUUAUUGUCAAAAGCAAGAGAGCUUCAAGAAUGGAAGUGUAUUCGAAAUACCUCAGAGAGUGCCAGGAGAUGGGAAUUCCUUUCUAUGACAGAACAGAUUUUAAUAUUAUAUACGACAUAUACGCCUGA